AUGGCUUUAAAAAUCGCCAUUGUCGGCGCCGGGCCUGCAGGGUGCAUACUGGCCCGGUUGCUUCUCUACCAGAUCCAACCCGAGCAGCUCCGCAAAGACAAGACCGUGGAGAAAAGCGCUCGCUCUAUAGACAUCACUAUUUUCGAAUCCGAGCACUCCGUUGACUUCCGGUCGCAGGGUGGCUCGCUUGACCUCCAUGACCACACUGGGAUCUUGGCCCUCCGGAAAGCCGGCCUAAAUGAAGAAUUCCUAGCUCAUGCGCGAUAUGACGGCGAAGCCAUGUCGUGGACAGACAAAAGCCUUCGAGCGUAUCUUAAGCUGUCCGGUAAUACCGGAAGGCCCGAGAUUGAUCGCUCGGAUUUGAGGAAGAUACUCACAGAGUCUCUUCCGGAGGACAUUGUGCAGUGGAACAAGAAGUUGGUGGGCGUGAGAAAGAAGCCAGCAUCGGGCAAUGAAAAUAUCCAUGGUGCAGAUCAAUGGGAAUUGGAGUUUAUGGACGGCACGACUGCAUCUGGAUACGACUUGAUUGUUGGUGCUGACGGGGCCUGGAGCAAGGUCCGCUCUUCUGUUUUAUCGGACGAAAAGCCGUUCCACUCUGGAGUCGGAGGCUAUUGUUUAGUCAUUCCAAAUGUCAAGGAAACAGCGCCAGACAUGUAUCAGCUUGUCAACAGAGGCACCUACUUCACUUUUGACGGAGGUGACAAGCCUCACUCGGGCCGGGCGUUGAUAGGUCAGCAACUUUCGAAUGGAAAUAUGACCGUGUCUUUAUGGAUGGCAUGUCCGGAAAAUUGGCAGGAGACGGUAGAGUAUGACAUCAACGAUGGGGCCGCUAUUAAGCAAUUUAUGAUUGAAAAGAAGUAUAAAGACUGGCACCCGCGAUUACUCGAGGCGGUUCGCCAUGCAGAUGAAAACAAUGUAGUUGCGCGAUCGCUUUAUAUGCUACCUGUUGGCUUUACAUGGCCACACCAGCAGGGCAUUACCUUACUCGGAGACGCCGCUCACCUGAUGACACCGUUCGCUGGGGAGGGAGUGAAUCUCGCUUUUGAAGAUGCUAUACACUUGUGUGAUGCCAUCAAAGAGACACUCGCAGAGAAAAAUGGUUCAUCAGUGGAAAAAACGCUAGACAACAAUGUGAUCGCCUUCGAGAAAAACAUGAAUCAACGCGCCACUAUCACCCAGAGUCAUACGUUUGAACAGAUGGUAGAUUGGUAUUUCACGCCAGGGAGUCCCGGAAAUAACAUCGAGAGGGUUAUUUUGCGGAAUCUGAAAUUUAAGAGCCAGGGAUCGAGCUUGUUAUUGUAUAAUCUGACGUAUCCUUUUACUGCGGCCAUGAUUUAUACUGGAUAUUUCAUCUACAAACGAUUCCUGUUGUGGUAG